AUGGGAUCAUUGCAGCUUGAAGAUAUUGGGCCACAUGGGACAAAGGUGUUAAUAUACAACUUAUGGCUGAAUGAUGAAGGCAUUUAUGAAUUAAACUUUGAUGAGGAUGAUGAGGAUAUAAAAUUGAAUGAUUUCACCAAAGCCUUUCGAACUCUUCAGAGAUGUCAAGAAACUUGGAUCAAGUUGGUUUUGAAAAAAAAAAAGAGUUUUCAAAAUCUACAGAGCUUCACGAGGAGAAUGGUUGUUACUAUCAUCGAGACCUCACUCAUGCUAAUUCGAUCUCAUCCCAAAAUGCAAUCAUACAUUAGACUAGACUUUGAUCCACGUACAGGAAACGACCGCUAAACAAAGCAUUAUAAAUGCAAGUGGAAGUUCAAAGAAGAUCACCAAAGGAGCUAUCAACUAUAACUUCAUGGGAAAACACAAAGAAAACAUAUGUGGAAGCUAAGUUUACACAAAUCAAGGCAAUUGCUAGUAUUGAUUCUAGAGUACGAGAUAACACGAUUUAAUCAACCUAGCAUGAAGCGUAGGGAACAAGUUCAUAUGAUAUUAAGUUUAAAGUUUUUUUCUUUUUUUUCUUUUUAUUUUUUUACUUUUUUUCUUCUUUUUUUUCGUUACUUUAUGUUUAGGAUGUACACGAUUCCAUAUAUAGACAUAUUUAAUUCAAAAAGUUAAAAAUAUUGAUGAAAAACAAU